GGUGAAUCAUAAAUCACUCUUCAAACAAUAAGUGAAUCAGAAUAAUCCUUUGUUUUGAAUGUUGAUUAUUAUUGUUAAAAUUAAUUUAACAAUUGUUGAAAAAUUAAUAAACACUAUUAUUUUAAGUCAUCGAGACGUGAGUAAAAAGAGUGAUACAUAUGUACGGGAAUAUUCAUUUAUUUUAUUAGAUUUAUAAGAAAAAGUAUGCCGAUGUGUAAAUAAAUUUUAAACAUGAUUUCUUAUAAAAAUAUGUAAUUUAAAACAAUUUUUUAAAUGACGAAAUAUGUAAGUAAUAGUUAUUAUAGAUAAGAUCCAUUUAAAAGAGGAAAAAAGGUGCAUUCUGCUAGUCAACUUCAGAACAAUGUAUUAUUAGAAGAACUGUUGGUAGUUAAAAAAAAGUAUGAUGGAGUUUGGUCAUCUAUCUAUGUCGUUACUUUGUCAAUGGUAAUUGUAACGUAAUGCUGUGUAAGAUUUCUAUCGAACUGUGGAAUUAAGUGUGAGGAUCAAGUGUAUUUUAUUUUCCCACGUGGUUUUGUCAGGAAUGAAUUAAAAUGGAUAUGUCUCGAAACAUUCAGAAAGAAUCCAAUGUCUUUCAUUACUAGUGUAAUAUGUCUUUGUAAUUGUGGAUAUACAUCAAUACUGUGUAACAUGUCCAUAAAUAGUUUAUAUCGGUGUUACUUGAUGCAGUUUUGAUACAUUGUUUCAAGAAUUUUAAUACUUUAUUAUACACGUACAAAAAACACUAUGGGUCGUUACACCGGAAAGAAGUGCCGCCUUUUAACGAUGUUAUGGCUCACUGCUCUAUUUUUCUUGGUAGAAAUAGUAGUGGGCUAUGUGACUAACUCUAUGGCUUUAAUAGCUGAUAGUUUUCAUAUGCUAUCUGAUGUAGCAGCUUUAGUUGUUGCAUUUCUUUCCGUAAAGAUGUCACCAAAGAAAUGGUCUAAGAAUACGUUUGGCUGGGCCAGAGCUGAAGUUUUAGGGGCAUUGGUAAAUGCUGUAUUUUUAGUCGCAUUGUGUUUCAGUAUUACUGUGGAGGCAUGUAAAAGAUUUAUUGAAGUAGAAGAAAUACAUGAAGCUAAAUUAUUAGUGGCAGUUGGAGCACUUGGUUUGUUAGUGAAUAUCAUUGGGUUAUGUUUAUUUCAUGAACACGGAAAUGCUCAUAGCCAUUCACAUGGUAUAUCUCGAAGUCAUAAUAGACUGAGUACUUUAGUUGGGACAGAUGACAAUGAAAAUGAUGAAGCUUACAGGCCAUCAACGCCUCAAGUGAAAAGGACACAUGGUCAUUCACAUGAUGCAAGUCAGAUGAAUAUGCGUGGCGUAUUUCUUCAUGUACUCUCUGAUGCCCUAGGAUCUGUUAUUGUAAUAGUAUCUGCAUUAAUUGUUUGGCUGACGAAAUGGGAAUACAGAUUUUAUAUCGACCCAGCUCUUUCACUUUUAUUGGUGAUUCUCAUUUUACGAUCAGUGUGGCCGCUCUUACAAGAAUCUGCAUUGAUCUUAUUACAAACUGUACCAACUCAUAUUCAGGUUGAUGCUAUUCAACAAAGACUGUUAGAAAAUGUUGAUGGUGUAUUAGCUGUGCAUGAGUUUCAUGUAUGGCAAUUAGCUGGUGAUCGUAUCAUUGCUUCAGCGCACAUAAGAUGUAGAAAUCUAUCAGAGUAUAUGAAGAUUGCAGAGCAAGUUAAAGAAUUUUUCCACAAUGAGGGCAUACACUCUACUACCAUACAGCCAGAAUUUAUUGAUUACCAGUCUAAUAGUGAAAUUAAGGAAACACCAACAGAAGAUUGUGUAUUAGACUGUCCGAAGACUGAUAAGCCUUGUAAUCAUGCAACAUGUUGUGGUCCUUCUAAACAGGGUCGUGAAACUCCUUCCCCAGGAGAAACACCAUACAUGUGCAGACAACGCAAUAGCCUUGCACGUUCAACUGGUUCAAUAGGAGGAACAGAACAGCAAGAAGUAAAUGAAAUGGAACGCGGACAUUUAUUGUCACUGCCUACUUCGCAUCACUCCGUCCAACUUCCACAUUCUCAUGUCAAUACACCAGUUGUUUAAGUUAUCGUCGUAUUAUCAAUACCUACCUCUGUAAUAAAAAUCUGCGGCGCGUUACAAUGUUAUAAAAAAAUUCAAUAAACCAAUAUACACACCAUGUGCUUCGUUGCUGCCGAAGACACGAGUAGGUCUUUUAUUGGCUUUACUCAAA